AUGGCGAUUUCGCUUAAUCGCAUUGAGAGCCAAGGUAAGUUACCGUCCCAAACUAAAAUUAACCUGAAAGCUAAUGUUAGUGCCAUUACUUUGAGAAACAGGACGGUUCCGGAUCCCAAACCCAAAGCAAGAAUGAGCGAGAGGAAAGAAGAGAAAGAGGCCGAGAUUACGAGCAAUAAGUCAAAUGAAGAUAAGGUUGAAGGUAAAAACAUAGAGGACAAAGGAAAAGCGCUCGAAUUGGUCAUCCGACUACCAUUCCCAAAGAGAUUCGAGCAAAGCAAGAAGGAGCAAGAAGAGAAGGAGAUUUUUUGCCGAGUUGAGGUAAACAUUCCACUCUUAGAUGUUAUUAAAAGAGUACCUCGAUAUGCUAAGUUUUGGAAGGAGUUGUGUACGAACAAGAAGAAGUUUACCGGGAACGAGAAGGUUAGCAUGGGCGAGAACGUAUCUGCCAUGCUUCAAGGAGAGAAGAUGCCACCUAAGUGCAAGGACCCAGGUAAAGCCAUGUUAAACUUAGGCACAUCUAUAAAUGUCAUGCCUUACUCGAUUUAUUCAUCACUGAAUGUGGGGCCUCUUAAGAGGACGGGAGUUAUACAACUCGCUGAUAGGUCCAAUGUGUAUCCCAAGGGAGUCCUUGAGGAUGUGUUGGUUCAAGUUAACGAGUUAGUCUUCCCGACAGAUUUCUAUGUCACAGAUAUGGAGGAGCAUAAUACUUCCAAAUCACCUUUGAUAUUGUUGGGAAGACCAUUUCUGAAAACAUCAAAAACAAAAAUUGAUGUUCAUGAUGAUUUGUUGGAGGUUGCGAUUACAAGGCACCUAGAUGCAAGGACAAUUAAUUUGUUGAUGAAGGAAUAUGAUUUAGGGCCCGAGCUUAAAGAGAUGGUCUUAGCCAUGGAAUCUAACCGACACAAGAAGUUUCAGGCCCCGGUACUUGACUUGAAGGAGUUACGGGACCACCUCAAGUAUGCCUACCUAGGCAAGGACAAUACUCUACCGGUGAUCAUCUCUACUGAGCUGUCAAGCAAAGAAGAAAAACGGUUGGUGAAUGUGCUUGAAGAGCAUAAGGAGGCGAUCGGCUGGAUUAUAGCUGAUAUCAAGGGAUUGAUCCCCUUAGUUUGUAUGCAUAAGAUUCUACUCGAGGAUGACUACAAGCCUUUCCGUGAAGCUCAACGACGCCUCAACCCGCCUAUGAUGGAGGUAGUGAAAAAGGAAAUCCUCAAACUCCUUGAUGUAGGUAUUAUCUAUUCAAUUUCAGAUAGCAAAUUGGUAAGCCCUGUUCAGGUAGUACCCAAAAAGACGGGUUUGACGGUAGUUAGGAACACCGAAGGGUUCUAUAGGAGAUUCAUUAAGGAUUUUUCGAAGAUAACCCGACUAUUUUGUUGUCUCUUACAAAAGGAUGUGGACUUCCACUUCGAUGGUGAAUGCAAGAAGGCAUUUAAUGAAUUAAAAGAUAAGUUAACUUCUGAACCCAUAAUUCAGCCCCCAAAUUGGGAUCUCCCUUUUGAGAUAAUGUGUGACGCGAGUAACUACGCGGUCCGGGCUGUUUUGGGACAAAAGUUUGGUAAGGACCCACACAUGAUAUACUAUGCUUCUCGGACGCUGGAUAAUGCCCAAAGCAACUAUUCAAUGACAGAGAAGAAGCUUUUGGCCAUAGUAUUUGCUUUAGAGAAGUUUUGUCAGUAUUUACUUAGUACUAAAGUGAUAGUUUUUUCUGAUCAUGCAGCUCUUAAAUAUUUAAUGAAGAAGGACGCCAAGCCUCGCCUUAUUCGUUGA